GUGGCGGGUCUUUUGUUUUCUGUGUGUCUGUUCAUUUUAGUUGUUUCCUGCGUGGUUUUGUUUUUGUUCUUUUUUUAUCUCUUUUGUCCUGUCUUUCCCGGAUAGUGUAUUUUCUCUAUCUUUGUGGAGUACCAAGAUUGAACCAGAGGAUGAACUACAAUAUCUGGCCUGUGAUUAUACCUUUUUUUAGGCAGCGUAGCCUGUGACCACGGGAAUCGCUCGGUCAUGUGUUUGAUGACACCNGUCAAGUGUUUGAUGACACAAGAAAUAAGCGAGGAGGACAAGAUGGACGCUGUCAUGACCCUCAUGAACCCGGCCUAUCGCCUCAAAUACCACCGCCAGACCUACGGCGACGACGCGUACCAGGUCAUGAUGCCUGUGGCGUCCACGCUGGAGGAAGAUGACACCCUGCUACCUCCUCUCCCCGUGGAUGGUCAGGCCGGCGCUCCCAAGAAACUCGGGCCGAAAAAGUUCAGGGGGAUCGCGGGGCGCGGGGACAAGUACGCUUCGUCGUCGUUCAUCACGCGAGUUUCUGAACUCGGCCCGGCUGCAUCCGGAACUACGGCGGCUCCCUCUCUGUCGCAGGGGGGUGCCACAGCGACUCCCUCUUCGUCACAGAGGGGGCGUGCGGGCGGAUCGGUCACGGUCGGGGGUAUGGUGAUCAGUUUGACACGCCGAAUGCCGCCCGCCGAAUGA